CGUGGUGAUGCUGGUCCCUGUCACAGCACAGCCGAGCGCCUCCUGCCUGGCGCCAAGUUCCACCGGUACGUGAGUGGCCCACGCAGCGUCGUGCGCUCCCCCACGCCCUACGCCGUCCCCGCGAAGCUGGCAGAGCACCUCGACUUCGUGGGAGGCCUGCACCGGUUCCCUGCGAAGCGGAAGGUGGUGAGCAGGGCCUGGGCCACAGAGCCGACACCUGGAGCUCAGUCCCAGCAGGGGGGCUUCCACCUGGGCGUGACGCCCUCUGUCCUCCGCAAGCGAUACAACCUGACGAAGGAGGACAUCGGGGCCCUGCCCAACAACAGCCAGGCCUGUGCCCAGUUCCUGGAGCAGUACUUCCACCAGGCCGACCUGGCCGAGUUCAUGCUGCUCUUCGGGGGCAGCUUCGGGCACCGCUCCUCUGUGGACCAUGUGGUCGGGCAGCAGGGCCGGGGCAAGGCGGGGCUGGAGGCCAGCCUGGACGUGGAGUACAUCAUGAGUGCCGGCGCCAACAUCUCCACCUGGGUCUUCAGCAACCCAGGGAGGCAUGAGACCCAGGAGCCCUUCCUAGCCUGGCUGCUGCUGCUCAGCAACAUGUCGGCGCUGCCCUGGGUGCACUCGGUGAGCUACGGGGACGAUGAGGACAGCCUGUCUGGUGCCUACCUGCAGCGUGUCAACAUUGAGUUCCAGAAGGCAGCGGUCCGGGGCCUCACUGUGCUCUUCGCCUCCGGGGAUGAAGGUGCCGGCUGCAGGAAAUCCCCUGGGGGGGCCCACGCCUUCCGGCCCAGCUUCCCAGCUUCCAGCCCCUACGUGACCACGGUGGGUGGCACGGCCUUUAAGAACCCCUUCCUGGUGUCCGUGGAGGUGACUGACUACAUCAGUGGUGGUGGCUUCAGUAACGUCUUUCCUAGGCCAGACUACCAGGCCGCAGCGGUGAAGAAAUUCUUGCAGUCGGCCACCAAGCUGCCGCCCAGCUCCUACUACAACAGCAGUGGCCGCGCCUAUCCUGACCUCGCUGCCCUGUCUGACAACUACUGGGUGGUGUCGAACCGUAUCCCCCUGCCGUGGGUGUCCGGCACCUCAGCAUCCACUCCAGUGGUCGCGGGCAUCGUGGCACUGAUCAACGACCGGCGCCUGCAGCGAGGGCUGCCCACCCUGGGCUUCCUGAAUCCCAUACUGUACAAACUCCAGGAGAAGGGGCCUAGCGCUGCGCUCUUUGAUGUCACCCAAGGCUGCCACCUGUCGUGUCUGGAUGCCGUCGUGGAAGGGCAGGGCUUCUGUGCUGUCCCCUCCUGGGACCCCGUCACAGGGUGGGGCACUCCCAACUACCCACAGCUCCUGAAGGCACUGCUGGCUGCAUGACGCCUGCCUGAGUGGGGCUGAGAACAGGCGCGACUGUGCAGCCGGCAGAGCAGACCCAGCCCAUGGAUCCCCUUCCCCAUGGGCACAUGUGUGGCUCCCCCCUCUCCCCAUGCUCUGGUGCUGGAGCUUUUGCUGGCAGGAAGGGGCCUGAGUUCUGUCCCUGUGUGUGGCGCCAGUGACACAAACAUGCUUUCCUCGUGGACUUCCCCUGGGCCUGGAACGGCUGGAGGGGCCUCGGGUGGCCUGGCCUGGGGCCCAUCCUCCCUUCCAACCGCUUGCUUGGCUGGAGCAGGGGUCUCGACCCUGCAGACCCGAGCACCCUCCAGAAUCUCAGAAUGUAGCAGCCACCCUUAAAAACAAAUCCGACUCAAUCAUGCGUUUGAUAAUCAGAUCAUAGUUUUAUAAAUUAGCUUGUUAACAGGUAAUUAAGUCAUUUUAAUUACAUUCCCUGUAUCUACUGCUGUGCCCCUGCGGCUGGGUGAGACAACAGAGCCAGCUAGGGAAGUGGCAGGGGCAGCACUGCACGCUCUGGCCGCAGUCUUCCUGUUCCAGCCCUGCGGUGAGUCCCUGAAACAGCCGCUGGCCCUGCCCUGCAGCCUCUGAGCACAGAGGGAUGUUGCAGCUGAGCUGGGGAAGGAGCAGCCUGGGCUGCGGCAGCAGCUGCCCAGCCAUGCUCGCUGCAAACCUGCUGGUACUGGGCAGGGCUUGCAGCCCCCCCUGUGCUGCAGCAGUGCCCUGGCAGGGGCGGUGCAGCCCCUGCGCGACCUCCCAGCCUGUGUGCUCUCUCCCAGGGCAGACGCGGGGUGGAGGAAAUAAAAGCAUUUGGCCCUCAU